AUGAAUGCACUCCUGGUCCUGGCCCUUGUGGGAGCUGCUGUUGCUUUUCCUGUUGACGAUGAUGACAAGAUUGUCGGAGGAUACACUUGCCAGGAAAAUUCUGUGCCCUACCAGGUGUCUCUGAACUCUGGGUACCACUUUUGUGGAGGUUCCCUCAUCAAUGACCAAUGGGUGGUGUCUGCUGCUCACUGCUACAAGAGCCGCAUCCAAGUGAGACUGGGAGAGCACAACAUCAAUGUCCUUGAGGGCAAUGAACAGUUUGUCACUGCUGCCAAAAGCAUCAGGCACCCCAAGUUCAAUUCGAAGACCCUGGACAAUGACAUCAUGCUCAUCAAGCUAGCUUCCCCUGUGACCCUCAAUGCCAGAGUGGCCACUGUAGCUCUGCCCACCUCCUGUGCACCUGCUGGCACUCAGUGCCUCAUCUCUGGCUGGGGCAAUACCCUUAGCUUAGGUGGUAAGUUCCCUUCUCUAGUGGUAUUCCAGUGCCACAGCUAG